GUCACAAGACAAAUGUUAGGAACCACUUGUUUAAUCUUAAACAAUAUUAUAUUUUUAAAAACUGCUCUUUUUUGUGUGUAAAAAUCUUAAUCUGAAAAGUAACUUAAGCAGCAACAUUUUAACGCCAGUUAACCAUUUCCGUGUUCUGUUUGUGUGAUGCAUAAUUUACAUAUAGGUGACACAGAGCAGGUAUAGAUUGUCAUCAACCUGCUGCAUGUUAUCACUUCUCAUAUUCAAGGUAGGCUGUUUGGAUGCAGAGGACAAACCCUCAGACGCUGGUGUAGGGAACUCAUUCAGGUGGGAUCUUGCAGCUUUCAAAGGUUUCACUCUGAAGAAUGGAAGAUUUCUACAUUAACAUCACCUCACAGUACAAAAGCUAUAAUCACAGCAACAUCACCUCCCACUAUGAUCAUGAUGAGUAUUACAGAAAAGUUGACUUCAUCCUGUAUGUGGUGACAUGCAUAAUCAUUAGCAUCAGUCUUCCUUUGACCCUCGUGGCCAUCUUCGCUCUUUGUUCUCUGGUGCGAAACGAUCAUGUUGUUCCGAUCUACGUCAUCAACCUUCUCGUUUCUGACAUCAUUCAGUUCUGCUGCAUGAUCGGUGAGGUGGCAGAACCUGAGGAUUGGAAGACAUCUGAUAUCUUCACUUUUAUUUACUUCUAUUGUCUGAUUACCAGUGUUUACUUCAUGAUGUGUGUCGCCUUGGAAAGGUAUUUGGUCAUCGCCUGCCCACUGUGGUACCGCUUCAGACGAAGCGUCAAGACCUCUGUGGUGGUCUGUGUGGUGGUCUGGGUCCUUCCUCUUGUCUUUCUCCUCUUUAUCUCAGGAAUCUCCAUCAUUGUCGUCCUCCUCCUUCCCUUCCCACUGUUCAUAUUCUUCCUGGGUGGGACCCUCAAAGCCCUGUCUGCUUCCAUCUCGGUCCCCUCUGACGAAAAACGACGAAUUGUGAGAAUUUUGGUCCUGGUGCUGCUUACUUACACGCUGCUGUUCCUGCCCACCAUCAUUUGGUUCCUGUCAGAGGAAGCAAGUGAUAACGAUAACUUCAGAAACCUGUCUGUCAUGUUAGUUAGGUUGAGUCCUCUUGCAGACUUAGUUCUGUAUGUUUUCAUGAGGAAAGGGACCAUAGACCAGCUUUUGGCCUCUGUUUGCUGUUGCAGAAUGGACAGUAAUGAUGUCAGCAUAUCAACAGCAUGAAUGAUGACAACAUUUACAGUCAGCUUCAUGCAGGCAGAGAAAGAGGGAGAGAGAGGAAGGGGAGAAAACAGGAGGAGAAAUGUGGGAAAAUAGAAAGGAUGGAGACAGACGGAUUCUGCCAUCUACUGAUAUGAUUUCCAGUAAGA